CAAUCAUAACCUCGAAAGAUCACUGAGCGGUUAUCUCAAAUUUUCACUGUCUUUAUUUACACUUAAGUCAUUUUUAUAACGUAAUAGAAAUGUCUAGUUUCGAUUUAAGCUCAAUCACCAAUGCUUUGGUUACAUCCCCGGCUAAAACAGGUGUGAGUUUUCUUGGUAGAGCUUUAAAAUGGGAAACGGAAGCCGGUGCCAAAGAAUUGAUUGAUGCAAUCGAUGCAUGCACUAGUUUGCAGUUUCUGAAUCUUGAGGGAAACACACUUGGCGUGGAAGCGGCCAAAGGGAUAGCCAAAGCCUUGGAAAAGCAUCCGGAACUGAAAGAGGCACUAUGGAAGGAUAUGUUUACUGGUCGCAUGAAAACAGAACUUCCAGUUGCAUUGAAAGCUCUUGGACAGGGCAUGAAUAUCGCUGGAGCGCAGCUGACGGUUUUAGACGUUUCCGAUAAUGCCCUGGGACCAAAUGGCAUGGCAGGUCUGGUAGAUUUACUGCAAAGCUCAACCUGUUUUACGUUGCGGGAACUCAAACUGAACAAUUGUGGUUUAGGAAUCACCGGAGGAAAGAUGUUGGCGAAAGCGUUGCUUGUAUGUCAUGAGGCAAGUUCCAGUAACGGGAAACCAUUAGCGUUGCGGCUGUUCAUAGCAGGUCGAAACAGACUUGAAAAUGAUGGCGCCAAAGCAUUAGCUGAAGUGUUUGGAAAAGUACAAAGUUUGGAGCACGUUGAAAUGCCUCAAAACGGUAUUUAUCAUCCAGGAAUUACGGCUCUCUCCGAAGCUUUUAAACAAAACAAAAAUUUGAAAAUUUUGAAUUUAAAUGACAAUACAAUCGGACCGAAAGGUGCCGAGGCUCUUGCAGACGCUAUCUCUGAUUUGCAAUGCCUGAAAGAAAUCAAUUUCGGAGACUGUCUGUUGAAAACCAAAGGGGCAAUGCAUCUUGCCGAAGCUCUGCAAGAGCUUCACACAGAAAUCGAAGUUCUAAACCUUGGGUUUAAUGAGAUUGGACCGGAAGGAGGAUAUUCAGUUGUGAAUGCCAUGUACAAUAAAAAAAACAUAAAUUCGCUUAUAAUGGAUGGAAACCAGUUUGGGCACGACUGUAGGGAACAGAUGAAAGAGACUCUAGAAGAAUAUGGUCGUUUACAAGCUCUAGGUUCCCUCGAUGAAGACGAUUCCGAAGGUGAAGAAGACGAUGAAGAGGAUGCAGACGAGGAGCAAGAAGAAGAAGAAGAUGUUGAAGAAUCAGAUGAGGAAGCUGAAGGUGAGUCAGAUCAGGCAGAACUUGAUGAGUCGUACUCAAAUCAAGAGGCGACUACAGAAUUGGAAAUAAAACAAUUACUCCGAGGAAGUAACAACGCCAGCGUGAUUGAUCUGGAUGAGUCUCUUCCGAAUACAGUGGAAUCAUAUUGCCGAACAAAUUAUCCUUCUGAAGGAAUGUUCAAUGCCUUGGAAGAAUCCAACAAGAUUAAAGCAUUCCGGGAAUACUUGAAAUCGGUUGCCUCUGACGAUUACUUAGAUCAUCUUGUUUUCACAAUAUUAAAACUUGCAGAAAUUUCCGAGAGUAGCGGUGAGGCUUUAGAAGUUUCAGAAGCUUUAAUUGCCGAUGCAUAUGACUACGCUAAAAACAACAAUAGGCUCAAAAGCUUACGAAAUUUUCUGCUCAUACAGCUAGGGCUACUAAAGUGUGAAGACCGUUCCUUCAAACCUGAAUAUAAUGUCCAAGGUUGCCGCCAUGCACUCAAGAAUGCUAUAAAGAAAAAUAUUGUACCGGAAGAAGAACAAGUCUUCUUUAAUGUCUUCAUGGAACACCGAGGUUAAAUCAAAUCGAUUCCGUAAAUUAAAUGUGAAUAGUUGGAUUUGUGUUAAGAAUAACAACCAAAUAAAAUUUCGACGUUAUGAGAUGAAUAAUCUAUCUUAAGUAGCAUUAGGAAAUUCAACAUACACAUUCGAUUAAUUCAUUAAAUUAUUAGAAAACA